CUUGGUUUAACCCAAAAACGGAAACCAUUACUGAUUAGAAACAAACAUCCAACAAUAUUUUCCUUCUCCAUGGAAACACACUCUGAUUGCUUCUGGGUUUUGUUUCUUGCAUCCAAAUGCAAAUCUUUUUCCACCCAAAAUUCGAUUUUGCUUCUUCUUUUUCUGUGCAUGGCUUGGUUUGCCAUCACCUUGUGCUUCUGGUUUUACCCUGGAGGCCCUGCUUGGGGUAAGUAUAAUUGGCUGACCAAGCGAGCUGCCUCAAAACCCAAAAACACCAUUCCAGGACCACGAGGGUUUCCAAUUGUUGGAAGCAUGAAUCUCAUGGUUAACCUGGCUCACCGUAAGCUUUCAACUGCAGCUAACUGUUUUGGUGCUAGGCGGCUCAUGGCGUUAAGCUUGGGUGAUACUCGGGUUAUCAUUACAUGCAACCCUGAUGUAGCCAAAGAGAUCCUUAACAGUUCUGUUUUCGCUGAUCGUCCAGUGAAAGAGUCUGCUUAUAGUUUAAUGUUCAAUAGAGCGAUUGGUUUCGCUCCUUAUGGGGUUUACUGGCGAACACUGAGAAGAAUCGCUGCUACGCAUCUGUUCUGCCCUAAACAAAUUAGCUCCACCGGGGCACAGAGGUUGGAUAUCGCUUCUCAAAUGGUGUCUAUAAUUGCAUGUCGUCGUGGGGAGUUCACCAUACGCAAUAUGCUCAAGAAAGCUUCUCUUAACAACAUGAUGUGCUCGGUCUUCGGCACUAAAUAUCAACUGGGAUCGUCAAAUACUGAAACCGAAGAGCUCGGCCAACUCGUCGAAGAAGGUUACGACCUACUCGGAAAUCUCAAUUGGUCCGAUCAUCUUCCAUGGCUUGCUUGUUUAGACAUUCAAAAUAUCCGGCUUCGAUGCUCGGAACUUGUCCCCAGAGUGAACAAGUUCGUGAACAAAAUCAUUCAGGAACAUAAACUCAAUACAGGAACAAGAACCCCAGAUUUUGUCGACGUUUUACUUUCUCUCAAUGGACCUGAUAGACUCUCUGACAACGAUAUGAUUGCUGUUCUUUGGGAGAUGAUAUUUAGAGGAACCGAUACUGUGGCGGUUUUAAUAGAGUGGAUACUAGCGAGAAUGGUGCUUCACCCUGAAAUCCAAUCAAGGGUCCAGGCCGAACUUGAUCAAGUCGUUGGGAAAUCAUGGGCGUUGCUGGAAUCAGACAUUCAAUCGAUGGUUUACCUGCCGGCGGUGGUGAAGGAGGUCCUCAGGCUACACCCUCCUGGUCCACUUCUAUCGUGGGCCCGUUUAGCAAUCACAGACACUACUGUCGAUGGAUAUCACGUGCCUGCUGGGACAACAGCCAUGGUUAACAUGUGGGCCAUCACUAGGGACCCAGAUUUUUGGGUGGACCCACUUAAGUUCAAGCCAGAGAGAUUCGUGUCCAAGGAGAGUGCUGAUGUGGAGUUCUCGGUGUUGGGGUCUGACCUCAGGCUAUCCCCAUUCGGGUCUGGCCGUAGGAGCUGCCCUGGAAAGACACUGGGUUUAGCCACUGUUACCUUUUGGGUCGGCACCUUAUUGCAUGAGUUCAAGUGGGAGGCAUCAGAUGAUAAUCCAGUUGAUCUCAGUGAAGUCCUUAAGCUCUCCUGUGAAAUGGCUAACCCACUCAAGGUCAAAGUGCAACCUAGGCGCAGAUAAAAUAAUCAAGAAAAUGGAGUCAAAUCACCUCAAAAUCUCAGCAAACGCCAUUAUCCUAAAUUACCCACCUGUUAGUUAUGCUGGACUUUAAAAAUAUAUGUAAAAAUAGCAGUGUUUUGUCUCUACAAAUCCCAAUGCCUCCCCCGUGUUUUGAUCUCUUAACCUACAGUAUUGCUCGCUCCUUAUGUAGAUAACUAUUGUAGCAAUAAGCUAGCUAGUGCUAGCAGUUUGUAAAUUGUAACUAUUUGACUGCAAUAUGGUUUUGAUAUUUUUGCCA